AUGAGAAAGCAUUGGCAAGCGUUUCCACGCAGGGAUAAGCACCCCCACCCAUGCAACUCCCGCCCCCGCUCCGUAAUUGGUGAGGGUAACUGCCACUCCCAGCACGGCGGAGCUGGGCUCUCUCGCGGUCCACCGGCACCACCUGUUGCCCUUAAGUUAGAAAAGGCGGCGUUCUCGGAGGGAGCCGAGCAGCCGCUGCAGGUGAAGGGGAGCCUCGGGCGGUCAGGUCACCGCCAGGCUGCCGGCUCCGUUCGGCCCGGCGCACCUGCAGCGCAGCCAGGGCGCCAAGCUGAGGCUCUCACAUCCGGGGCCCGCAGUCACCGCCAACGCGUUAACCCUUUGUCCGCAGGCCCGAGGGUGCCGGCUGUGACCGCGCGGGCCCCUGAGGUGCUAGAGAUGAGACCUGGCGCGCCCGCUAGGGUAAGCCCACCUUCCCCGGAGCGGGAUCCCUUCACCCUGCCCCUCCGCACACAAUCGGCUCUUCUCCCUCGACAGGGCGUGGCCGCCGCGGCAGCCCACCCAGCCGCAGCUCACCUGACUAACCGUCCUUCCUUCGCUUCACUCAACGUUUCUCCCAGCCGCUGGGGAGGCGCGCUGAUACCUGUUCCCUGGCACCAGGAAGGCGUGGGCGAUGGCGGAGGACUGGGCGCCUGGCGGGCGCCGCGCGCCAGGCUGCCCUAACGGUGCUCGCCCAGCAGCUCCACGCGACAGUCCCCGCCCCCUCCCGCGCGCCGCCCGGGCGCCGGCCUGUUGGGGGCGCGCAGGAGCCGCGUCUCCUAGCAACGCCAAAACAAGGUCGAGUUCGAAUCGGCCUAGCGCUGGCUGCCCGCGAGGUCGGAUGGGACUUCCGGCCUCACCCCUGAGCGGUUGCUCCCGGUAUCCCUGUCUGUGGCGGCCCGCCAGCCUGGCACGAUUCCCCACCCCCCCCCGGCACGGCCUUGGGGCGCCUAGGGCAUCUGCGGGGCAGCCGCCAAGUGAUGCGAGAGCAAGUGAACGCGCUCUCUCACGUGGUUCUAGCAGCAUCCCUGGGAGCUGGCGACAGAUAGAAAUAUUCCAGUUUGACACAUAAGGAAAUACACUCUGAAAGAUGAAAGAUGUUUCUUUUUUUCUUUUUCUUUCAAAUUGCUCACGCAAUUUUAAUUGCGAUAAUUUCCGAUAUACCAUUCAACUAAACAAUUUGCAUAUGCUGUAGUGAGACAUGGGAGUAAGAGUAUUUUGCUUGAGUGUCCAGUUCUCUUUAAAACCAGCGUUUGCAGUUAACGACUUGGAAAAUACAACACAAAAAGCCAUCUAGCCUUUUUAAAAAAUCUCUAUCUAUCCCUUCAAAAUUCCCUUUGUGGCCAUAUACAUACUAGGUGGCUCUACCUGCAGAAAGCUGCAUUUUCCAAGCAGCGAGAGAGUUUAAUCCUUAACUUUCCUGUACUCCUGCCUCUGCUGGCUCCUUUGCAUUUUUGUUUGCAUCCUCUUCUUUGUCUUCUGUGCCUUUCGUUCUAGGUUAAUCUGAGCAAGCUCUUCACUUUUGUCUGUGAUAUAUUUUAGCAGUGAAUUACUCCUUCUGGCUAAGAGCUUCACAUCUUCAGUGUUAAUGGUGGUUCUUUUCGCAUGUCUUGCACACAUUUCUAGAUCUUGCACUGUCGAAAAGUUAGCUCCAAAAUUGCUGCAAUGAUAAGUUUGCUGAACUGCAUCUCUGCCCAAUGCCACUUCCUCGCAAAGACAACCCACAGUGUAGUGCACUACUGCUUCCUUGGGCCUCUGUUGGUAAGAAAAUGGCUAAGAAAAUCCCUGCUGCUCUUCCGCCUCCAUUUCCUCCUUCAUCAGAACGGGGAGGCAAACGCACGGAAAGGAAAGAGGCUGUGGGGCAGCGGCCAGAUUGGAUUUUCCCUCCGCAGCCCUAAAGGGAUGUUUCUAAUGACCCAAGGAAAAUUAGCGGUGGUCCUGAAACUGUUCAUCUAAGUCUACUAGUCAUCAAAUGCAAAAUGCUUUUCACUGGAUGAUUCUGACUAAAUGUAGUUUUGUCUUUGAUCAAUAAGUUCACAAAUAUUUAUUGAACACCUAAUAGGCUGUAGACACAAUUCUGUGUGCUUGGGGAUAAAAUGGUGAGCAAAACACACUGUCCCUGCCCUUGUGGAAUAUUGGAGUCUCUAUGGAUGAAUAAAUUUAUAAAA